AUGGGUCGCUACAGUUGGGGGUCGGCAGCACUAGCAUGGUUGUACCGGUGCAUGUGCCGAGUCGCCAACAGACAUGUCGUGAAGCUAGCUGGCCCUUUACAGUUACUGUAGUCUUGGAUCUUCUGGAGGUUUCCUACUUUUAGGCCUACUGGGUAUGAUGAGAUUAGCUGGCCCCUUGCCUCGAGGUACCGUUGUUGUUUUAUAUUAUGUAUUUUUGUUGUAUUUAUUUUCGAUUAUGCAAGCAAUUUCAUGCCUUGUAGAGUGAGUCAUGAACACAAUAGAAUUUUUUAAUUUUCUUACACAAAUGGUCUGGUUACAAUCCUGGGAUUAGCAACAAGGGACCUCGGGUACAGAUGGCUCGCCUGAAGAUCGACUUGUUACAGCCUCGGGAUUUCAUAUGGAUGCCCUAUAGCGCACUCGACGUCAUCCAGGUUGUCCAUCCAGAGGUGUUGGAGCCUCGGCAUACGAUGUUAUGGCGGUGUAGGACGUCUCUGAUUUAUUUUGCGGUGGUCGAGUGGCAUCAGGUUGAUAGAUUUUUACCGUAGUUAGGCGGCGUUCAGCCCACAUCGCGUCCCGCCCUGAACAUCGACUUCUUGAUGUCGAAGGACGGGAGAGGAGGUGACCGUUGGUUCCCGGCACAUUUACCUGAGUGGCAUCUUCACUGGCAGGAGCGUGCGGAGCACAUUUUACAGUUCGACAUCGUGGCCGACCCCGGUCCGUCGCAUGAUUUCUUGACAUGGUGGUAUCAGCACGGAAAGAGGUUCCUGUCGCCAGAGAUGUUAUUGGGGGAUCCUAGAGGUAUUCCUAUUCCGAAUGAGGCGACGCAGAGGGGUGCAGGCCGAGUUCCAGAUAUGGAUCGAGUUGAGGAUCUUCCUGACAGACGUCGUAUUGAGAGAAGAGCACGAGUCGGGACACGUCGUAGCCAGCGUGAGUGGAAUUGGGUGGAUCAUGCUAUGGAUGACGUCGAGGACGCAGUUAGGGGUGGGGGGAAGCGGCGUGGUCGUGGAGGCAGGAGGAGGGUGGCUGCUGGUGGAGAGGGUGCCCAUCAGCCUGGGGGGUGCAGCUGGAGGAGGUGAUGUUGCGGGGGUUGAUAGGGCCCAUCAGGGCGGGCAUGAUGGUGAGUGGCAUGGAUCUGGUAUGGGAGAUCCCACGAGUCACAAUGACGCUGGGCUUGGGGGCGGACCUCUUGGAGAUUAUUUCGUAGGUAUUCCCGGUGACGAUCAGACCCUUUAGGAGGGUACUCCAUGCGUGAGUCCGGGCUCAAUGUUUCCAGACUUCCUUGCUAGUGAUGGGAUUGUGGCCGAGUUCGGUGGACCGCAUUUCCUAGAUGAUAUCCGGACCAUCAUGCAGGAGGAUGAGGCUGCACCAGGACGGGUUCACACGACAAGGACACAGACACCGCUAGAUGUAGAUCUGAACGAGCCUACCACGGUGCCUCCUGCGCAUACUUUUGCCAUGGGUGGGACGCCAGCAUUGGCCUAGACUCUGGGGUCACAUUCAGUUGCCGGCCCGUCAUCAUCCAGACCCGUGCAUGUUCUGCCCAUGACCCCGACAGACGCAGUUCCGGAUGACAGCGACGACUCGAUUGAGGAUGAGGAGCCACUUAUACGUAGGGGUUACAGGACACAGGUGCCACGCCGAUGUGGCACGGGGUCGCACCUAUUUAGAUGAUUUAUGGAUAGUGGUGUAUGUCGUGUUAUUAUGUUUCUAUUAUGUACCUUCUUUGUUGGUU